AUUAAGAUAUUCAAAUAUGACUAUUGUUUCUCUCGUUUUUGAUGGAGCCAAAAAGUCAAGUACUUUGUUUAAUAUAAAAGCAAAACCUGUAGUAGGUAAGUCAUAAUUAAGUUUAAAAAAUGACUAAUCUCACAUUAUUGAUAGUGUUUAGUGUGAUAGUGGCUACAAUUGCUAUACCCUUUAACUCAACAAAAAAUAUUGGUGAUGGCUGUACUAUAUCAAACAUAUGGGAGGUGGAAAACGUGGUCAAAAACUGUAAGAAUAUCGUAGUCAAUAAUCUCUAUGUACCUGGUGGUCAAAAAUUAGAACUAAAACUUCAUUCUGGGACCGUUUUGAAAUUUCAAGGAACUACAACUUUCCAACAUAGUAACUGGGAGGGUCCUUUAGUUGAAAUUACUGGAAGCAACCUCCAUGUUUCUGGAGCUGGUGCAGUUCUAGAUGGACUUGGUGCUCAAUACUGGGAUGGAUAUGGUGAUAAAGGUGCAGUAAAACCAAAAUUUUUAAAAAUCAGAACAACUGGAUCUACGUUUGAUAAUAUUCAUCUUCUUAACUGUCCUCGGCAAUGCGUGUCCAUUUUGAGCUCUAAGCAAACAACUCUGACUAACUUUAAUAUAGAUGUAUCUGCUGGAGAUAUAACCCACCUUGCAACAAACACCGACGGUUUUGAUUUGUCUGACAGUGAUGGAAUUACAAUCGAAAAUUCAGUAGUUCGUAACCAAGACGACUGUGUUGCUGUAAAUUCUGGUAAGAACUACCACUUUAAUAAACUUAACUGUAAUGGAGGCCAUGGUCUUAGUUUAUCAGUAGGUAUGAGCAAAAACGACUCGCCCAGAAACCAUGUGGAGGAUGUUACUUUCUCAAACUGUAUAGUAAGUAAUUCAUUGAAUGGAAUUCACAUCAAAACACACAGCGAUGCUGGAAAAGGAUAUAUUAAUGGUGUCGAAUAUCGAAACAUCAUACUAAAGGAUAUUACCAAUUAUGGAAUAAACGUCCAGCAAGAUUAUCAGGGAGGUCAUUCUACAGGUUACCCAACGAGUAAUAUUCCAAUUAAUGGUUUGAAGCUUGAGGGUGUCACUGGUUCGUUAAGAUCAGGUCAGCCCGUCUACAUCUUUUGCGGUAACAAUGCUUGCUUUAACUUUAAUUGGUCUGGUGUCUCGAUAACUGGAGGAAACCAACAGAGCAGCUGUAACUACCAUCCGAAUGGAUAUUAUUGUUGAUUUACUGAUAUUUUAUUUUUAAUAGUUAUAAGUUACAUAUUUAUGUUUUAAUAAAUAAUUCUAUUUUU